AUCAUCCACCUCAUCAAUCCGCUUGAAUUCCUUAUUCGACGGUCGAGAUCAAUCCUUCUGCACAGCUACUCUGAGCAACGAAGAAGAAGCUCCUCUAUUCCUCUCUACUUUCUCUCUCCUCCGUUUCGCAACAAUUUUCUCUAAUUUCAAUUUAAAAAUUUUCUGGAAAUAAGAAGUUUCCCAUCGGAAAAAUGACGGAAGCGGAGGAAAUUCGGGAAGUUGAAGAGGUGGCAAGGGAAGAAAGGGAAGAGGAGGUGGCUGUUGAGGAAGUCGACGGAGAAGAUGACGAUAACGACGACGACGACGACGAAGAUGAGGACGACGGCGAAGAGGAAGAUGAGGAUGACGUUAGAGAGGUUUUGCACGGCACAGUUGGUGCUCCACUGGUUCAGUCCGUAGACGAUGAUGAUGACGACGAGGAGGACGGUGAUAGUGACGACGAUGACGAGGACGGCGAUGGUGAUGACGAUGAUGAUGACGAUGGUGAGGAUGAUGAAGAUGAGGACGGCGAGGAAGCUGAAGGAGAGGAGGAGGAUUUGGGAACGGAAUACCUUGUUAGGCCAGUCGGACGUGCUGAGGAUGAGGAAGAUGCCAGUGAUUUUGAACCAGAAGAAAAUGGUGAGGGGGAUGAGCUUGAAGAAGAGGAUGAGGAUGACGACGACGAUGAUGGUGCUGCUGGUGGUGGAAAGACUGAAGCCCCCGUAAAGAGGAAGAGGGGCAAUGAUGACUCAGACGAUGAUGAUGGAGAGGAUGAUGAGAGACCAUCCAAGAGAUAGGCCCAGUUCAAUCUCGUCUUCAUGGCUGACUAUUGAAGAGGACGUCAAUCUGGUCUUUCUUCAAUUAAUCCAUCCCCUGUUUAGGAAGGAGGACAAUGCGUCAGGAAACAAAAUCUUCCUUUAUGUAUUAUUAUCAUGGUGUAGUCUUCUUAGGUUGGGUUUUAUUCAGGCAAUGCACAGUUGUACGGGUCUGUGGAACCUUACAACAGUUUCAUAUGCUUUGCUGCUGGAAAUUUUUAGGCUAGUUGCAGGUUUGGUAGGUUAACAUGUUGUGACAUUUUAGUUUCGCUUUGAUCUAAUUUCUGUUGGAUAUUAUAUAUAUAGCUUGAAAAUCA